GUUUACGGCACCAGGAUCCUCCAAUCCCGCAGCUCGACCGUCCGCCUGCGGUCACAUCCUGCUGCUGCACCUCAGUGACGCUGGACUUCUUUGUUAUUCAUUCAUGCUCUGCGUCUUUAUUAGUCGUUUCGUGACGUUUUUAUUUUGCAACACAUUAUACUAGUGUUUUGUAUCUUUCACGUAGUCCAUCUCUGCUCGUUCAGGUUGGGUUUUUUUUUUCUUCUUCCCCAUUUUCUUCUUGUGUUUUCUUCUUGAGGACAAACAGAGAGCAGCGAUCAAGCGGCCGCCGUUAAGACCUCUGGGCUUUAAAGGAUAAGAUUCUUAUAUUUAAUCCGUUACAUCAUCAGGUAAACUCUGUGCGGUUUGCGCGCAUACAUGCAGCUCUUUGCUGGACGUUUCUCCGAGGUGUGAUUGGUUUUUUAUCCAGACCUUUUUGAUUCUGUUAUAUCGAGACAAUUCCCCCGCUUGUGUUCAUGCCAGAUCUGCAGCGCUUUAGUUUUAAAUACCAUAGUAUGAAUCCUUUGCUGGGGGCCAACGCGCAUCUCCAUCAUCAGCACCCGCAGCACUUCCAGGCCCCCGGACACCCAGACUCCCCCUCCGCCCUGCUGCCCGACGCCGGCUUCCUCCUGUUGGCCGAGCAGCCCAUCCCGGGGCCCGAUCAGCUGGGGCCCGAUCAGCUGGGGCCCUCCUCCCAGACCUCACCUUUCCUCCAGCAGAGCCUGGGCAGCCCGUACCAGCCCCGCGCAGCCGCAGCGCCGCACCCGCCUGCAGCCAUGGCCCUCAGAAACGACCUGGGCUCCAACAUCAGCGUCCUCAAAACCCUCAACCUCAGGUUCAGGUGCUUUCUGGCCAAAGUGCACGAGCUGGAGCGCAGGAACAAGAUCCUGGAGAAGCAGCUGCAGCAGGCACUGGAUGCCAACAAGGGCUGCCAAGGUGGGUGCUGUGAGAACAAGGGGCGCACCCAGGAGACAGGGGUGCAGACCGGGUUUGUGGGGACUAUAGCGCUCAGGCCCGGCUCCCUGCCCUUCCACAACACCAACAACUCAGCCAGGAGGCCUACCACCCUCUUCCCAACAACCUUUCCACCAGCAGCCACAGAAAACUUAAAUUCAUCCCCAGCUAACACUUGUAACCCAGCCAUUAUUCUCAGCCAGGCCUCCCCCUGCGUGGACUCUCCAGGAUCCGUUUCGAGUAAAACGGUCCAAAACAGCAGCACAGGCCCGUGCAACUCCACCAACCCACCCCCACGGUUCCUCCCAGGCACCAUCUGGUCCUACAACCACACCCGCAAGUUUGGACCCGGGGCAGAGCGCCUGACCAGCCCCGGGGUGUCCUGGAGGCAUCCGGAUGGAGUCGGGGUCCAGAUUGACACCAUCACCCCAGAAAUAAGAGCUUUGUAUAAUGUCCUGGCUAAAGUGAAGAGGGAGAGAGAUGAGUAUAAACGCAGAUGGGAGGAAGAAUACACGAUGAGGAUGGAUCUGCAGCAGAAGAUUGAAGACCUACAAGAGGACCUGCAUGAGAGUGAAGGCUGCCAGGACGAGCUGGCUCUCAGGGUGCAGCAGCUGAAGGGGGAGCUGGUUCUUUUCAAAGGCCUCAUGAGCAAUAAUCUGUCUGACUUGGACAGUAAAAUUCAGGAGAAAGCCAUGAAAGUGGACAUGGACAUUUGCCGCAGGAUCGACAUCACCGCUCGCCUUUGUGAUGUCGCCCAGCAGAGGAACUGUGAAGAUGUGAUCCAGAUGUACCAGUCACCAGCCCUAAAUGUUCCCAACAACCAGUCAUCCCUGAACUGCAGGCGUAAACAAACCCCUCAGUCUUUUAAUGGGAAUGAGUGUGAUGAACCUGUCAGCGCCUCUGAGAGUGAUGGAGGUGUGGUUAAAGAGGAGGAGCACUUUGGCUCAUCGGCCAAUCAGAUCAACGAGGAGAUGCAGAGGAUGCUGAACCAGCUACGUGAAUGCGAAUUUGAAGAUGACUGUGACAGUUUGGCUUGGGAGGAGACUGAAGAGACCCUGCUUCUUUGGGAAGACUUCCCAGGAUGCACUCUGCCUCCAGAUCCCACCCACCCACCAGGAGAGGAGGAUUGUCUGGAAAAAGUAAUUAACGACACGGAAUGCCUGUUCAAGUCACGAGAGAAGGAAUACCAAGAGACGAUUGACCAGAUUGAGCUGGAGCUGGCCACAGCCAAGAGCGACAUGAACCGGCACCUGCACGAGUACAUGGAGAUGUGCUCGAUGAAGAGGGGUCUGGAUGUGCAGAUGGAGACCUGCAGGAGGCUCAUCACACAGAGUGGCGACGACAGCAACCCUCCUGCGCCUGCAUCAGCAGCGGAGAAUGACCAGAGAGAAAACGAGAAGUCUUCAGCACCUCCUCCUCCUCCUUCCUCGAGAGCUGGGACUUCUUGACACGUCCUCACUCAGCCGUCUUCAGAGGCUGUGGUCACCUCAUCUCCGCUGCAUCCAGCUACAACACCACACCAAUGCAAUAUCCUCACGUAACUACGGCAACACCAUGUUUACAUGUCAACGUAGUUAUGCACUGAAUCAUAUCGUUUAUUGUUGUGCUGCUUGUGCAAAUCGGUACAGGAGAACUUGAAAGCUGAAAAUGUGAAUCUCAUGAUGGGUUUUGAUGUGAGGAUUCAGAGGAGGGAAAAUUCUCAACUGAUUUCAAUUCGAUUCAGCUUUAUUAAAAAUGACAAAUCAUGACAAAUGUCAUCUCAAGGCACUUCAAAAAUACAGGUCAACUCAUUCCAAAUUACUCCAAACACAAAGCCAAUAAUAAUAAUUGUUUUGCUGAGGAAACAGACAGAUUGUAUCAAAACCUUUCUUCCAUACAACCCAACGUCCUGAACAAGCACCAGGCGACUGUGGAAAGGAAAAACUCCCCUUUUAACAGGAAAAAACCUCUUACAGAACCAGACUCGGUUCUAACAAACCCUGUGGUGAGGUGACAAGGAAGCAUAGCAUGACUUAUUUACAUUACAUAGUAACUGAAAUGUUUAACAAUAACAAUAUGAGCAUCACAGGAAACACUGGAAGGUCCACUCCUCACAUAGUUACAGUCUUUCUACUCGUAAACACAGAGGCAGGGAGCGCGGGAGCUUUAGUGUUGCACUACUGCAUCUCUGGGCUUCCUGGAGUUACUGCAUCAUGUAUGAAGUUAAUUGUUGGGAUUUGAAAAUAACUAUCACAUUUAAUCUUACGUCAUGAUACAACAUUUUACAGCACAGCAUCUACAUAUCACUUUGCUUGUAUGGUACAGACCUAUAUCACAGGAAAAACAUCUCAUUACUCAAACACGUAUGGGCUUUGGUAGACAAUUUAGAAAAUGAUUGUGUAGUCUGUACCAGACUACCAAUAUGCCACCAUCUUCCUGCUAGUUUUGUUUGGUAGAAUAUUGAGAAGAGUGCAGGACAACUCCGGUACGUACAUAAAGCUGUGCAUAAAUUGCAAAUAAAAUCAAAAGUAAAAUAAAGUUCAUACGUAUGUGCAGUUGCAAGGAGUUUACCCUGCAAAAUUGUGCAUUAUCAUAAGUCACACGUGAAUAUCACCACCAUUUGUGUUUCUGGCUUUGGAGGAGCAAACCACACUCUGCUCUCAGAGAAAUGCAGUCUCCAUUUCACUCGAUAACUAGAGACAACUUGAAAAUGCAUUUUUAAAGGAAAAGUUGGAGCAUCAACAUGAUCAUUACCAACAUUUCACAUUAUUAAAAAAGUAAAAAAAAAAAAAAAAAAUGAAUGUAAGGAACAUUAAAGCUAAGAAUGUUGGAAGUUUUAUUUUCUAGCCUGCAAGUUGCUGAGUGCACCAGAGUAAACAAAUAAAGGUUUGAUUCAAUAAAGCAUCUUUCAUAGAUUAAAAGCUUUUGCAACAAGAGUGUGAGCAACUGCAAGCCGCCCCAGACGCACCUAACUUGUACCUAAUCAAGCGUGCACCUGUAGGACAGUGAAGCCCAAAGACUUGUAUGCUGCUGCUGCAAGGCCAGUGUGGUGGCAGAGGGGCGUCUGAUUUGAAAUUUAGCCAUAAUAUAUCUGUCUGUUGCAGUGAUAAUACUCAGUGUACCCUCUCUGGGCUUUGACUGGAGCUCAUUUUGAAAACUGUUCUUUAUGACAGAGAUCAUCGCCACAAAGAUGUCUUGCAGGAGCUGUUAAUAGUCAACUGUAUCGCAGCACUCGUGCUUAUUAUAGAUUAGAGUGAUUAGGUUGUUUGAGCAGAGCUGCAUGGUUGAGCAGAAGUACUUCAAGGAUAACGGAAAAAAAAAAGGUGAUAAAAUACUGAGUGCCAACAAUUAAUGGUCAGAUUAUGACUCAACAGGACGUUGCUGAAGAAAAGACUAAUUAAAGCUGCGGAAACUUUCACACCAAGGUGCUCGAUGUAUAUAACUGAACCUAUUUUUGAGCUUGUAAGCUUUUGCGCACAGAAUGUAAGCAAAAGUAUAUGAAUCAUAUGAAACGGUCAGAAAAACAAUGAAACAAAAAAAAAGUUGACACACUGGAAAUAAAACCUCACAUUUGAACGGUGAACUUAUAUCACUUUUUCUUUAUAUUUAUCCGAGGUACAUUUGUUCACUGCUCCAAAACACUGCUACAUGAAAACAUACAGUAUGUUAGUCAUGCUGCUGGUUCUCAUCACUGUCAGGGAAACAACCCCCACGUCGCUGCUGUACUAUCAGAUACUGUUUUUAAGUAUACUCCUGGCUGUAGUUUAUUCUGUGUAGUUAACCUGGAGAUCUUUUGGCUCCACUUCAGCGCUUUGUUCAGUGUGGACUUCCGCUCAUGCUGUCGACGCUGUCGGCUUCAGCGAAUAUGCUGUUAGAGUGCAGAAGGCAAAUGUCAGAGACGUGUGGUGCGAUGCAUAA